AUGAAUAUGAUGUGGUUCUUCCUCGCCAUCUUUAUCUCUUUCGUGCAACAAUCUUGUGCCUACAGGGAGCGUGGCAUCGCUGAACGGUAUAUUUCCCUGACAAUCCAUUUUAGAGGCCUAUACUAUAUCGCCUAUCUCGCGGAAGGGGAGCUGUACAAGCUUGACAAAUCGACAAAAUUGACGAUAGCUCCAGGCUGCAUUGGUGCAAAAGGCGGACGGUGUAGUUUUGACGAGCUUAUGCUAUAUAUUUGGGCGCCAAAGGAGGAAAACGCUCGAAAGCCAAGCAACGUUAAGCCAGAUUCUAAGCACACUAUCACAGGCCUUGGUGAUCUUGACAAGGCCUCGGCCUUUAACACGUAUAUCAAGAAUAUAGAAAAAGCUCGAUUUAACACAGAGGAACACCUCAGUGGUGAGAUUGACGUCAAAAAGCUGAUGCCUGGCAAAAAAGAUUUUUAUGAUGCUCUUUCAUCCGCAGGCGACCCUAUCGGAGCUCUUGCAGCAGAGGUAGACAAGCAGAAAAAGGCAACCAAACCAGAUGACAGAAAAGCAUUGGAACAGCUCAAAGAAAAGGACAAUUUACUUAAAUGGGGAGAAGCUGCGGCAUUCUAUGUCAGUGCUCUCCGAGGAAAGGAUCAAGACAAACACAGGCGCUCCUUUCUCGAAAAGUACUUUGAGAGACAUUUCCCCGCAGAAGAAGAUAAAAACAAGAUCAAGAUUGAAAUGAUGGAUGUGGAAACUCCUAUGAGGCAGAAAAAGCUGAACGAAGACAAGGUUAAGCAGAAGGGUAAGGUGCCCGCGUCCGAAUUGGAACCUCAAACGGUGCUCAUGAUUGAUUUCACGAAGACCAUUGAGCAGAACAAGGGAAAGCUGGAUGGAUUCGAAGAGAAACUCAAAGAAGCGAAUGAAGCGUUCAUGGGGAUGGAAAAAACUGUCAACGGAAAGGUGGAGAAGUUCAACGAGGCGCACAAAAAGGCCUUCAUGGCAUCCAAGAUGGCGACUUCGGCCACGGGAUGUACUCGAAAAAUCCCUCGCGAGUUGAAGAAGCGGAAUGCAUUGGCUGAGUUGAGCUCGCGAUCUCCUAAGGCGGCCAAGUCGAUGAGGGUGAAAAGUCAGAAGCUUGGCUUUUCUAUGUGA